GAUUAAACAAAAAUCGCCAUUUACGGUCCGAGCUGGAUCGAACUUUAAAAAAAAUUUAUAUUUUAAAAAUCUUCUUUGAUGUCAUUUUUAUAUUUAAAAAGUAUAUUUUUAAUAUACAUAAAAUAAAAAAGUGCCCAUCUAAAUGCGUUACAGCAAUCAAUUAAUCAAUCAAUCGUUUAUUCCUUCGGCAAAAAGCCAAGAAGGGACUUGGUUUACAAUAGAACCUUAACUCCAUUCACAUUCACAUUCAUACCCAUUCCGCACGCUCCUAAUACGUUCUUAUUUCCUUUUCUUCAUUUUACAUUCCUUCUCCCUCCACAAUUUCGUCAAUACGUCGCCUUUUAUUCUCUCCAAUACAUUGUUACACAAUCUGUUUACAAUUUCAUUACUAUUAUUCUCUAAUCCUGAUGUGAAUAACCAGUCGUGCGUUACAGCAAUCGUCACAUUUAACAUUAAUAUACGGGCAACAAAUUAUUCCUAAUUGGAGUACGCGCUUAUAUUAAUUUCAAUAUUAAUCAUUUAAUUGUCCGAUAACUUUAGUUGUCCAGUUGUUGAUAGAGUUCCUCGUUUUAUCUUUUACCUUGAACUGAUGUAAAAGGGGAACGAUGGGGGAGCACGUGUCUCGUGUGCGCUCACAAACGCUGCACGUGCGAGAAAUCAUCAGGAUCGAGAGCACGACAGAAAACUAUACAUAGCGCGAUAUCGACGUAACUUGUCUUAAUUACGUUACGACAUUGUCUGCUUUGACUUUGCGACAAUGCUCUGCUGCUCGAAGUGUGCCGUUCAAAGGGCCGUCGGUCGCUUGCAUGGCAAAACAGCAUACAUCGUAAAUCGAGGAAUGUUUACCGUCGCUACGUAUAUACAUACGCGAUUGCGUAAAUACGCGAAUUUUGCCGAUAUUGAUCAAAAGGUCGGUCUCCAUGGCUCUCGAUGCACGGGCCAUGUUAUUAUUGAAACGAGGGGACAUAAUCCACGGAAAUAAUCAUAAGCCGGGCGAUUGCUCGAAUCCUCCGGAAGAGAGGAGAGGGAGAGAGAGAGAGAGAGAGAGAAAGGGAGAUGUAUCUGAAGGAAAGAGCAAAACGCUUUCCUCGAUUGCUGUUAACGAGACACGAGAUCAGACAGAUCUCGUCGUUGCUGCAUCCUGCGCGCAGUACACUUUACAUCGCGUACUGUGUCUUGGUGCUUUUGGCGAACAGACAGACCGUGUUGAAAGUUGGAUUAAUCGAGGAGCGAGAGACAGAAAGAAAGAGAGGGUCCUGAAUUAGUAAGGUGCGCUGUGAAUAAAUCAUCGAUAUAUUGAUCCAUCGCCGCGCGUGAUUUUCUCACCAACGGAAAAAAGUUUCUUCUCAAGUAAAUAAAUAAAUAAUCUUGAAUAAUGGAAAACGAUCAUAGCAGCAACGGCAGCAACGGCGGUUCGCUGCUUCGGAUCGUCGUGAUUUGUUGUUGUAUCUCGGUGACUUCCUGCUCUAUGUGGCAUGGUAAAAGUUUUAAGGAAAAAUUAUUGGAACUUCGAAAGAGCCCUUCGUCACAAAUGGGUUACUGUGAUUUGGACACCGAAUGCGACUGGGACUGGAGCGAGACCCGGGGUUUCAAGAAAGUCAGGGCGCGCAGCGAUGUGCCAGAACCCUUUCCGAGAACGGACGCCAACAACUCCGCAAUCGGCAAUUUCCUGUGGUUCAGCGGCAAAGGGGACGCCCAAAUAUGGUCCAAAUCGAUUGCUCGCACGGGUCCGCGUUGCCGUAUCGAAUUCUGGCUUUAUAUGGUGGAAAUGGAGUACGGAUUCAUAAAUCUUGUCAUACAAACGAACAGCAAUAACAUGAGUUCCAUCGCGGUGACGAAAAGCGGAAAUAACACCGCCACAUGGAAAAAGAUAAGCUUCUCAUUACGCGCGAUCGAUCAGUCCUAUAAAUUAAUUUUAGAGGUCUAUCUGCCCUAUCCUAAUUCGAGCAUCGGCGUCGACAACCUUCGCCUAGUUAAUUGCUUUCCAGAAUCUAUCGAGGAUUGUACCAAGAACAUGUUUCGGUGUAACAUCGGGCCCUGCUUAAACAGGACCCGUGUCUGCGACUUCACGAAGGAUUGCGUCGACGGCGAAGACGAAGCGCUCGAGUGCGACAAGAUACCGGCGAACGCGAAGUGCAACUUCGAGGACGGUUGGUGCGGAUGGACGAACGUCCCUGGGAGACCUCUAAAUUGGACCCGUCAUAGUGGCCCUACGCCAACCUUUCGGACCGGACCCAAUUACGAUCAUACUUACCGCAAUGCAACUGGAAUGUACGCGUUCGUGAACAUGGGUUUUAAACAUGCGGCUGUCAAGUACGGCAGUCGAGCCACGAUGACAAGUCCUUUGUAUAAUCCGACACCACCUUACAGCAGGGACCCUAACAGCCCUUAUUAUCGGUCGUGUCAAGUACGCUUUUUCUAUCACAAACACGGUGCGCAUAGCGCAUCUCUUGGGCUCUUUUUAGUCCAAGUAAAACCAUAUGGAAAUCAUACCGAAAACUUGUGGUGGUCCUACGGACCUGCUAACGACGCUUGGCACAACGAGGCGAUUGCUCUAGAUGUAAAAUACAGGUACCACUUGCAAUUCGAAGCGUCCAGAGGGUAUUCCUCGAAAGGUGAUAUAGCGGUUGAUGAUAUUUCCCUGAGUCCAGAAUGUUUCGGCAUUGGGGUUCCACGGGAAAUUGUAGGCGAUUUUGAUUAUUACCGAACCGUUAUUGAAUCCGAGAAGGUGCCAAUGCAGCAUCCGGAUUUUGUAAACGAGACAGUCAUCCGAAUUACCACUUGCGGAGCUACCGGCAGAAAUGGUCCUACCUACGAGAAAUGUAAUGACACAGAUGUAGAGUUUUUGUCGCCGUCACAAAAUGAAGAGGAUAAAAUGCCCUUUCCUUUAAUUCCUUUAAAUGGAAUCCAACGGUGGACCGCACCACGCGGUGAAUAUUACACUUUAAUCGCCGUCGGAGCACGAGGCGGACAGGGUUCAAGUAACAUCGGCAUUACCCUGGGUGCAUUUGUUCGCGGUGUCAUAGAGCUCCAGAAAGGCGACCAACUAUAUUUCAUGAUGGGUCAAGAGGGAACGAACGCCUGUGCUAAAAAUCUCGGCUUAAAGACAACCACCUGUCAGUCGUCGGAUCAAAUCGACUUAUCGCUGCAGCAGACAUCGUCAAAAGUGCGAGAAGUGAAGAAGAUCGAGUUUAAGAAUCCUGGUGGCGGUGGCGGUGGUGCGACUGCCAUCUUUACGUUCAAAGCGAACGGCGAACUGGAACCUAUCUUAAUCGCGGGUGGUGGCGGUGGUUUGGGGUUGAAUCCCUCUAUGGACGAUGGAUUACAGCAUGGGCGCGGUUCCUUUCCCGCGGGUAGACUUUCAUCUUCUCCGUCCAAUGUUUCAGAACGCAUGGGUGGACCAGGUGCCAAUUGGAACGGUACGAAGCCUAAUUUUCAACAAAAGACCUGGGGAUCGCCAUUAAUUUAUGGAGGUAUAGGAGGACUCGGUUGCGAGUCAGGAAAUGAAGGCCACGGUAACGGAGGCUUCGGUGGAGGUGGAGGCGGUUGCCAAUCAGGGGGUGGUGGAGGUGGUUACGUCGGUGGUAAUGCGGGACACAACAACGGAAACGGUGAGGGUGGUUACUCGUACGCCAGUCAGAAGCUCACCGACGUUUAUUUCAAAUCUGGAGUCCAUUCCGGCCCGGGCGAGGUCUUCAUCAUACCUGCGAUCAGCGGUUGCGGUUGCGAUUAUCGCUGCGUCGCGCUCGAUCGGUACUUGAGCGAGACCAAGUGUCUCUGUCCUCAGGGUUGGCUGCUCAGCAACAACUCCAAAUCCUGCAUCAUGACUGACGAUUCCAAAGGUGGACAUCAAACGCACUUAAUUCAGCUUCUAGGUGUAGUCAUUGGCCUCUUCACUAUUAUUGGAAUUUGCCUAGUAUCUUAUAAACGAUACCAAAAACAGAAAGCGCUUUCGCAUCGCCGUCAAGUGAUGUUCGGCAACGGCACCGAAUUAGCUGCAUUGCGUCCAGGAAACGUGUCGGACACGAUGAUGACCGAAUUCAACCCCAACUACGAGUUUGCUGGCAAUCUCUACAGCUUCAAGGACUUGCCGCAAAUACCUCGCGACUGUAUUACUUUAGUGAAACCUCUCGGCCAAGGCGCCUUCGGCGAAGUUUUCCAGGGCGUGUACAAAUACAGACGCCGCGAGGAACAUCCCGUCGCCGUCAAGACGCUACCGUCUUUAUCCACGACGCAGGCAGAAGCGGAUUUCAUGAUGGAGGCACUGAUAAUGAGCAAAUUCAAUCAUCCUAAUAUAGUACACUUUAUCGGUGUCUCCUUCGACAAACAUCCGAGGUACAUCGUUCUCGAAUUAUUAGCCGGAGGUGACCUCAAGAAUUUUCUGCGCGAAGAACGGCCUCGAUCAGACCGACCUACAUCGUUAACGAUGCUAGACCUUAUUGUGUGCGGCUACGACGUCGCGAACGGCUGUAAAUACAUGGAGGAAGCGCGUUUUAUACACCGAGAUAUUGCCGCUAGGAAUUGCUUGUUGACUACCAAAGCAGCGGGCCGUACCGUCAAGAUCGCGGAUUUCGGUAUGGCCAGGGAUAUUUAUCGAAGCGAUUAUUAUAGGAAAGGUGGCAAGGCAAUGCUGCCCAUAAAGUGGAUGCCACCCGAGAGCUUCUUGGACGGCAUAUUUACUACGAAGACCGACGUCUGGGCCUUCGGCGUGCUUCUAUGGGAGAUUAUGUCAUUCGGAUAUAUGCCUUACACCGGAUGUGCAAAUCGCGAAGUCAUGUCGAUGGUAACGUCCGGCGGCCGUCUCGAGAAACCCGCGGGAUGCCCAGAUCCUAUAUAUGGAAUCAUGACGCGGUGCUGGCAUCCACGCCCUGAUGACAGACCAAGUUUCGCCACCAUUGCCGAAAGGAUUGGCUAUUGUUUACAGGAUCCUGAUGUGAUAAAUCAACCAACGCCUAAUUUCGAUAUAUUGCCAAUCUGCGAUCGUGAAAUAACAAUCAUGAGACCGGACCCGGAAGCGGAAUGCAUCAACGUGCAGUCUGAUUUGGAUGGCUACAUGCAACCGAGAAUCGUCGAUCCACGGUCCGUUGCACGUCGUGUGGAUCAAGCUAUGGGUGGCACCGUCUAUGAUCCGGAAAAUGAAAAAUCAAUCGAAGACUGCAAGUUGUACGGAGGAAAUUACGCGAAAUCAACGGGAUGCCGGAAAGGAAAAUUUAAUUGCAAUACGCACGACUCUGGCACGGAUGCUUUUGAGCAAACGUACAGCGACAACGAUCACGAUGAAGAACGUGACGACGAGGACAAACGUAGGAUCGACCGAUCGGAUCGACAAGACAGCAGGGCAAUACAUCGAACCAACAACAUCGAAGACUGCGAUAACGUAGACAACGGCAACAACCGUCCAGAGGAUGAAUGUCAUAUGACUGCCAACAUCGAUAACGCGAUAACGGAUCGCAAAAAUGGCAAUGAGAGCACAACGACUACCGACACCAACUCCGACUCUCUGAUAGCACAAUCCUCGGACACCCCGCCCGACACCACGACGCACUCGUCGCCCAAUACGCGCACUUGUUCGCCAAGUCGUACCAUCGGCCUCAACGCCAAUGUCAGUAAUGUGAACGGCAUGGUGAAGAAGAAUACUCUGAAGGCGACCCUGAGUCUGGACCCGAGCGCGCUCUGCAGAGGCACCAUCCCCUACGAGAAGAUCACAACGCAAACGCAACGCUCGAGCACGCCGGGCAAUUUGGAGUUAAGGAAGGACUCUCUGGGUCACGAGCUGCCGAGGGAGGAGGAGUGCUCCUGCUGAGAUUUAUCCGAGGGGGGUUGACGAGGCUGCCCGGCCGCGCUCGGCUGCAUGAUCGCUCGCCGAUUGCAGCUGCAACGGUCGGCCACGACGACUGCGAUUAUCAGGGACACGCAGCUCGUAGAACUCUCCUCGCCUCUGUGGGCCCAGGAUAACGAAUACUCGCGUCGUUACUAUUCCGAGGAGACUCUCCUGUGAAUGGGAUAUUCGGGGAGGAAACCGCGAAUUUCUCUUCGCGCGGGCGACACUUUUUUUUUUGACGCGCGCCGAACGUGGAUCUCCGUAAGAAAGACACGCGACUAUCGUAAGUCGGAAGAAAAGAGAUUGCUACAAAAGGAUGCAAAACAGGCAAAUUGUGUACAUACGAGGGGGGGGGGGGAUGAAAGAUACCAAAUACGUAACACAUGUAUUCAAUACGUUAAGCGUCACAUACACACAUACAUACAUACAUACACAUAUACUCUUACGCAAAGUGAACUCGUUGAAUGAACUUUCUAAUUCCGUGAUAGCAAUGGGGCAGGAAUUUAUAAAAUUAUUGUAUCACUCGUUAACGUGGAUCUUCGAGCGCGAAUUAAUCAGGGUGACGUAGCAGCUCAUGAAGUCAACGUUAAAAACGUGGAUACGUAAACUUGGAAAUGGCAGAUUGAGGAAUGUUUUUGCGGUGUAUAUAUAUACAUUUGAUAUUUAAAAGUCUAUAAGGAACGCGAGCAGUCUCGUCUUCGACGUAAAGUAAACCCCCGGUCGGAGACAUUACGGCCGUAUUGUCCUAUCUGUCUAAAGGGUUGAGGUUCCCAGCGAGAUACGGAUACGCGAAAUGUGGCUAUGGCUGCCGAGUAAAAUGUUACACUGUAAUAUCGAUGUAAAAAUCUCCGUAGGCUGAUCGAUGAACGCGUCUUGGAAAUGGAGAGGGUGGGGCGGGGGGCAGGGAAGGGAAUAAAAAGAGCACAAGCCCUUUUUUAUUUUUCUUACAACGACGACGUACUUUACGUGCGCGUAGCAUAUGAAAAUCAGCCACUAUAAUGUAUCUGUACGUGAAACGCAAUAAAAGCGUGUUUAUGGAA